CCCCUGGGCACGUCCCCUGUGACAAGGACGCGGAGAGAGGGAUGGUCGCGGGGCUGUGCUGGGUGAGUUCUGAUAUUGUUUCCCAAGUGACCGUGGUGCGGCUGGAGCCAACAUUUUAACAAUGAGUGGUGCAGCGCUGGGCCUCGAGAUAGUGUUUGUCUUUUUCCUGGCCUUAUUCCUGCUUCACCGGUAUGGAGACUUCAAGAAACAGCAUAGGCUAGUGAUCGUAGCAACGUUAUUGGCUUGGUAUCUCUGCUUCCUGAUUGUAUUCAUACUGCCUCUGGAUGUCAGUACGACUAUUUAUAAUCGAUGCAAACUUGCGGUUAACUCCAGUCCUGCAGAAAGUAAUGGCUCUUACGUUACCCUUGCUCCAAGCAAGCAAAAAUGUUUCAAACCCUGGAGUUACAUUCCUGAUGGAAUUAUGCCAAUUUUCUGGCGUGUUGUAUAUUGGACAUCUCAGUUUUUAACAUGGAUUCUGCUACCUUUCAUGCAGUCAUAUGCUAGAUCGGGAGGGUUCUCCAUCACUGGAAAGAUUAAAACUGCUUUGAUUGAGAAUGCCAUCUAUUAUGGCACUUAUCUGCUGAUUUUUGGAGCGUUUCUAAUAUAUGUGGCUGUAAACCCAAACUUCAAUUUACAGUGGAACCAGCUUCAGACUAUUGGAAUAGCUGCUGCAAACACAUGGGGUCUGUUCCUUCUUGUGUUGCUUUUGGGUUAUGGUUUGGUGGAAAUCCCUCGUUCUCACUGGAAUGGAGCCAAGAGGGGUUAUCUACUCAUGAAGACCUACUUCAAAGCUGCCAAACUGAUGACUGAAAAAGCAGAUGCAGAGGAGAAUUUAGAGGAUAUUAUGGAGGAAGUUCGUAAAGUAAGUGAGAGUAUCAAAUACAACCACCCCUUGAGGAAAUGUGUUGAUACAAUACUGAAAAAGUGCCCUACUGAGUACCAGGAAAGAAUGGGUAGGAACAUGGAUGAUUAUGAAGAUUUUGAUGAAAGACAGAACAGUUAUCCCAGUGAAAAAAGUUUGGCCAAACUUCACAAGCAGGUAAUCUAUUCAGUGCAGAGACAUCGUCGCACACAGGUCCAGUGGCAAAUUCUUUUAGAGCAAGCAUUUUACCUGGAAGAUGUGGCAAAAAAUGAAAGCAGUGCAACUCGACAGUUUGUUCAUACCUUUCAUUCCCAGGAACCAGAAAAUAAAAUUUUCCAGUAUUUCUACACACCAACAGUUGAGUGGUACUGGGAAUGCCUUCUCCGACCAUGGUUUUACAGAGUGCUUGCAGUUGUGCUGGCCAUGUUCUCUGUAAUUGUUGUGUGGUCAGAGUGCACAUUUUUCAGCACAAAACCAGUUCUGUCACUAUUUGCGGUUUUCAUACAGCUGGCGGAAAAGACAUAUAAUUAUAUAUACAUAGAGAUGGCCUGUUUUCUUACCAUCUUUUUCUUAAGUAUCUGUGUUUACUCCACUGUCUUCAGGAUCCGUGUAUUUAACUAUUAUUACUUAGCUUCACAUCAUCAGACAGAUGCAUACAGUCUCCUUUUCAGUGGCAUGUUAUUUUGCCGUCUUACUCCACCGUUGUGCUUGAACUUUCUGGGCUUGACCCAUAUGGAUGCAACAAUCUCUCACAAAAACACUCAGCCAACUGCUUAUACAUCUAUAAUGGGAUCCAUGAGAGUGCUGUCCUUCAUUGCAGAUGGAUUCUAUAUAUAUUACCCAAUGCUUGUUGUCAUUCUCUGUAUUGCUACAUACUUCAGUUUAGGAACUCGUUGUUUGAAUCUUUUGGGAUUCCAGCAGUUCAUGGGUGAUAGCGAAAUGACCUCUGAUUUGAUUGAUGAAGGAAAAGAGCUAAUCAGAAGAGAGAAAAGGAAACGACAGAGACAGGAAGAAGGUGAAAACAGAAGAAGGGAGUGGAAGGAGCGGUAUGGAAAUAGAGACGAUUCCACCAGAAGCAGAGCUGUCCACACAGACCAGAAAGAAUCCAGCUUCUCAGAGACAAAUGCCAAUAGACCACUAUCAAAGUAUACCCGUUCAAACGGUAGGACUGAAAGAGAUAGAAUAGAACUCCUCCAGGAUGCAGAACCUUUGGAUUUUAAUGCAGACUCUGUUAAUGAUGACCCCCUUGAAUCGGACUCAGGAAGGUACCAGCCUGGUGGAAGAUACCUGUCAAUGUCUCGAAGUAAAAUAUUUGAUGAUGUCUAAGCUCAUCAGUGCUAAAGAAAAUUCAGUGGAAAUCUAGCUCCUGCUCAUUGCUUGGAAAAUACUGUAUUUGUGAUAUAUCACUGAACCAUCAAAGACUCUUUAAAAAAAAGAUGAAGGAGCAGCUCUUUUGGAAAUGCACGUGUAUGGUAACUUCACCACUUGUGAUAGGAAUAUGCUUCUGCUAUUGUAGAUACUGUUGUGCAUCAGUGUGGCUUUUGUGUCAUGACCAAAAUGAGAAAACUAUUUAAAGUUAAUAGAUGGUAAACUAGGUAAAUAUACCUAGGGCUUAAUUGUACUGUAAUAUUCUGAGUUUGGGGAAGAGGUUUUUUUAGAAUUUUUUAUUUUGUAUUUUAACCAAUGCUGUAAGAGUAUAUUGAUACAUCCAAAGUGCAGUUAUAUCAAUUACAAUAAUAAAUGCUUUCUAUAAUUUUUCUAUUUGGACUUUACACCUUGUCCAAAAUCUGCUGAAGAAAACUAAGGCUUCUUUUGCCUUCAGUUGUAUUUGAAUCAGACCCCAUAUAAGGAGAAAGCCUGCCAUUCAGGCUUUCUUCAUAAAAUCAGAAAGUAGAAGUUGCAGUAUUUAGAGGGUUACAAAGGAGAUGGUGACUCCCUUUUUUACAAGGAGUCACAUGGAAAAGACAAGUUGGGCAGAAGUUACUUCUGAUGAGAUUCCAGUUGGACACAAUUGGAAAAUUUUGUAAAAUUAGAAUAAUCAUCCAUUGAAAUAACGUCUCCAGAGAAGUGGUAGAUUUCCCCAACAUUGAACACUUAAAAUUUGGCUGGACAAGGUGCUGGGUCAUCUUGUCGACACUGUGCUUUUGCUCAGAAAGGUUGGACUGUAAAGUCAUACUCACAGAACUGUUUGGGUUGGAAGGAACCUUAAAGAUCAUCUAAUCUCAAGCCCCUUUGCCAUGGGUAGGGACACCUUCUAGAGAGUUGCUCAGUCCUCCAUCUAGCCUAGCCUUGAACACUCCUAGGGAUGGGGUCUCUGUAAGUUCGGUGUGGCAGCCUGUGCCAGUGCCUCACCACCCACCCACACAACAAAGAAUUUCUUAAGAUACAUAAUCUAAAUCUGCCCUCUUCCAGUUUUCACCCAUUUUCCCUUGUCCUUUCACUAUACCUCCUGAUGAAGAGUCCAUCUCCAGCUUCCCUGUAGGCACCUUUAGACACUGGAAGGUUCCUGUGAGGUCUCCAUACUACCUUCCCUUCUCCAGGCUGAAUAACCCUAAUUCUCAGCCUGUCUUCAUAGGAGAGCUGCUCCAGUUCUGUGACCACAUUUGUGUCUCUCCUCUGGGCUCACUCCAGCAGGUCCCUGUCCCUCCUGUGCUGGACCCCAGCUCUGGAUGCAGUGCUCCAGGUGGGUCUCAGCAGAGCAGAGCAGAGGGGCAGAAUCCCCUCCCUGCCCUGCUGCCCACGGGGCUCUGGAUGCAGCCCAGGACAUGUUUGGCUCUCUGGGCUGUGAGUGCCAUGGCUGGGGCAUGUCCAGCCUCUCACCCACAGCACCCCCAAGUCCUGGGCAGGGCUGCUCUCACUUUGUUCUCUGCCCAACCUGUAAGCUGUGUCUGGGAUUGCUAUGACCCAGGUAUUACACCUUGCCCUUGCUUUGCACAGACCCACCUCUCAAGCCUGUCCAAGUCCUCCUGGAUAGCUUCUUUUCCCUGCAGUAUUGACUGCACCACACAGCUUGGUGUCAACAGAUAAUCCUUGAGGUUCCUUCCAUCGUGGUACUCAUGAUUCCAUGAAAUUCUUUCAGCAUAAAUUUUGGAGCAACAUUUGUUGGUCAAGAAAGGCUGUAUUUUUCCUUUUCCAGCAUUAUAUGCAGAUACAUGAUUUUAGCAUGUGUAAAUAGUUGAAACUGAGUAUGGACCUGGGUGUCACUAUCAUAUGAGCAUACGUGCAAUAGCAAGAAUACAUUAUUGAAGAUACAAUAUCUGCUUAAGAUCUUUACAGAUGUAAUGAUUAAAAAUCUUGGCACACUAGUGUUUUUGUAACUAAAAGAAACAUGCAGAGUUAGAUACUGAAACAUAUUUUGCACGCACCUCAGGCACAGCUUCAAACUGUAAGUAUUUCUUGAAAAGAAGGGAAAUACAUAGCAUGACUAGGUAGUGGGAAACACUUUUAAUAUCCUAAAUACCCUGGUUGCAUUAUAUAACAGUUUUUAAGGUGCCUGUAUUUUGCGGUAAGUUGUUGCAAAAAGAAUAAUACUUUGCCAUUCAAAAAUGCCAAUUAUUAACAGUGUAAAAAAGCUUCACAUUAUUUCAUUAGUGUAGGCAUAUUUUUAAACCAUAGUUAGUUGAAUGAAUUUUCAAAUGUAAGCAUAAGGUAAAAGAUGUGGUCAAAUUCAUUAUAGCUUUAUAGCUUUGGUAAUUUGAAUAAUUUAAAAUGUUGCUUUUUUCCAGUUUGUCAGAAAUCUUUACCAUUUGGGAGCUUUCUUAUGUGCUUAUUGCAAAGUUAUGUUGAAAACUGAAAGAGAACAUGUUUUUAUCAUACAUUCUUUAUCAUGCUUAAAAAAAACACAUCCCUUAAAGCAGCUAGGAAUGAGUUAUUCUGAAAAGUAAGCUUUCAUGAAUUACAUAUUCUACUGAUUUUUAAAAAUAGUCCGUGUUUUCUCAAGUAAUUGUUAAUGGGGAUCUAACACUACCUCCUGUGAUUUUAGUACAUGUAUUCUAACAGUAGUGGUAUUUGUAAUGCAUUGAUCUGCCUGUUUUAAAACACUGAAUUGUUACAAUGAAGAAAAAUAUCUUUAUUUGUAUAGAAAUAAUUAUAUUAAUAAAUUGGCCGAUGUACAGUAAUUGUCAGUUUUGUUCUUAGGUGCAUACAGUGAUGUCAGCCGUACCCACAGCAUUCAAGCUCAUGCAAUUUCCAGACUACUCAUAUUGAGGCCGAUUUUUACUUUGAUUAUUCAUGUUUGUAAAAGCUGGAGUUUUAUCAGGGACUGGAAGUUGAGAAGAUGAGUCUCUCUUUAUUCAGAUAUUUCUUUAGCAAUUCUGUGGUAGCACCUAUUUAAUUUAUUUUUAACUACUCAGUAGUGCUGUCCUGAAUUCAUCCUUAUAUGAAAGGUGUUGUACAUGUUCUUGGGCACCCAUCCCCAUGAAUGCUCUUAGACUCUGUAUUUCUGUUUCAAAAAAUUGUAUCUUAUUUAAUUGUUCAGUGGUUUAUUUAUAAAAGUCUAAUAGUCAGAAAUAAAAUUUAAAUUCUCUCUUUAACUCUUGAGAUGUCACUGCAAAGGGAUCUAAUUCAGGGCCAGUAGAAAAGCUAUUAGAAGGAGCAUCUCUUUUUCUUAAAAUCUGUGAAAUAGCCUUAUCUAGAGGGAGCAUCUGUUUUUCUUAAAAUCUGUGAAAUAGCCUUAUCUAGUUCAUGGUGACCAGACAGUGGGAUUGAGCCUUCUUGGGGAAACAUGAUCAAGAUUUUAUAUAUAACAAGUAACUAGUCCUUGGCGCAGAUUUCAUUGGAAUACAGUAAUUUGAAGAGUUGAGUGUAUAACAGAUUCUAAUAUAGACAUUCUGAGCUCACUGAAGUGGGAAUUCACUGAUACUUUUGAUGUUGUGGUGGAGUAAGGAAGAACCAAUGGCUGCUUUUUGAGCUCUGAAAAUCUCUCUUUAUAGAGAAGAGUUCUCUGUACUGUGCUUGGCAAUGCCUAGUGUCACAUCCUCACCAGACACUGUUCAGUUAAACAAGGAGUUGAUAAGUGAAGUCAGGUGUCAUCUGUAGUGUGCAUUGCUGGCCAGGAGUUAUCCAGGCUCUAAUUACAUGCAAUUUAUUGGCUAAUUAAUUUAAAGUAUGUUUUGAAAACUCACUAUGGGUUCAUAUGACUGAUUUUGGAAUACUUUCAGAAAAGAAAUAUGACGUACUACUAUAAAAGAACAAUAUUUGCUGUUCACUAGAGUUUUAGUUUCAAACAAGUUUGGUUAUUAUUCAUACAAAUAAUGCAGAACUUGGCUGGGGGCUAUGCCCCUAAGGAUUUACCCCCACUCCUGGGAGCUAUGGAUGCCCAUCCCUGGAAACAUUCAAGCCCAGGCUGGACAGGGCUCUGAGCACUCACAUCUAGUUGAAGGUGUACUGGCUGUUUGCAGGAGGGUUGGACAGGGUGGCCUUUACUGGUCCCUUCCCCCCAAAACCAUUCUGGGAUUCUACGGUGCUUCUCAGCCAGAUUAUGGCAGCUCUUGAUGGGUUCUUUCCUGCUACAGCUCCAGUCCCAUUAGCAUUACAGCCAAAUGAAGUUAAAACUAGCUUUGAUAUGUUUAAGCAGUGAGUGUACUGUAGACUAACAGUGUUCCUGCAUCACUUCUGAUGCUCCAGAUUAGGUGAUUUUAAGUAAAUUCCCUUGCAAGCUGUGCUUUUGGGAACUAAGUGUUAAUGUAUUUUUCUGUCAUUGUAUAUAGAGAGUCAUGUUUAUUUGCUGCUAAAGAAUGUCAAUUAUAUAUUUCUUUAUUAUUUCACUUCCUCAAUUACUGAGAAGUUAGUGUGUACGUUUUGCCAUCAUUUCUGCAGUUUUCUCUCCAUUGGUGAACACCAAAAGAAACCUCAAAAUACCAAAAAUUCCACCCAAGUUAAGUACAAAUGUUUGAAUGUCUUCCCAUCAAAAAUUUAAAUGAAUGAAAAGAAUUUGUGCAAGUCACAAUGAACUUCAAAAAGCAGUGUGAAAAAAGUACCUAGACUGUGUUGAAGUUCUUAAGAAGCAUAGGUAGCAAAAAGCUGUAGUCAGAUUUGUAGUUCUCUUUUUCUUAAUACAUAUUUUGAAAUGUAUAUUGGGAAAUAAGUCCACUACUCAGCUACAGAGGAGUGUAGUAUAUCUCUCAGCUGUAAAGUGAGGAAGUGUUUUUAUGAGAGAAGAUGAAAGAUCUGUAACGUCUAAUCUGUGCUCUUGGUGAUGCUUUGGGCAAAUGACAGCAUAGCUUCUUAUUUAACUACAGUAAUGUGUUAAGAAAAAAAUAAACUUUAUACUUCCAUAAAUUACACUACUGGAAAAAUCAUGGUAUAUAAUCUGCCUUUAUUUUGCAAUCAAGCACUUGUAAAGUAAUCAUUAACAGUAUUAAUAGGAAUUGUAGAAAGCUGCUGUCUUUUAAAUAUUUAUUCAUGCUAUUUUAAAAUACAAUAUGAGCAAUGGUUUUUACAUAGGAAGUAUUAAAAAUAUUACUUUGAUUUUCUAUAAUUACAGUAAUUCAUAUUUUAUUAAAUUUGUCUUGGAAUACUGUAAAUAUGAUGUGAAAAAUACUAAAUUUUAUUUCAGUUUUCAUUAUGCUUUAAUUACUUGAAAUCUGAGGGGCAUUCAUAAUAACAAAUAGAGAUCACUGUAUGAAGGAAAACUUUUUAUGAGGCUUCUUAAAGAAGUCUGGCUGGUUCAGUGUAGACAAAUAGGUGAAUCUUAAUUAUUAACAAUAGCACUACUAAGGGGAUAUAUUGCAUCCUAGCCUUGUAAAUUUUCUUUGAAAUUCAAAAAAAUUGUUAACUUUUGUCAGAGCAGCUUAGUUGUCAAUCUUGCAAACUUUCUGAAACUAUUACAUUCCUUUUCCCUAGUGGGCUCUCCAGGAUAUGUACUGCUUCAUGGCAGACACCUGAUACUAGCUGUGCCUCUAAUUAAGUAGUCUAAUCUGAAGCUGAGACACUCCUACACCAUUUGAUUAUGUUAACAGAAAUUCAGUAUUCUUAGCCAGAAAAACAAAAACAAAACAACAACCAAAAAAAAAAAAAACCCUAGAUCCCUUUUAAGUACAUAUUGCUGUUGUUUUUAUUGCAUUGUAUUUGGUACUCUCUGUUUGGGUCUUAUGGUAAGCCCAGUCAGGUUUAUUCUUUGUCUCUCUUAGAAUGCAUUGGAAUGUAGUCCUCAGCAUGCUUUUGUGUGCAUGUAUGUGUUUUAGUAUGCAGUUUCAGUUAUUUCUUCAGGAUAAUGUUGUUUGACAUAUUCCUGUGAACUGGAGUUUCAGAGUGAUACCUUAGCUGUCACCAUAGAAAUUAAUUAUUUUCUCUAGAAAUUCAUUGUGUUUGUUGUAGAGGUGUCUGGAAGAUAAGGGAAUUAAUUUCUAAGUAUAGGUUUAGUAAUAGACCUUAAUUCUCCAGUGCAUAUUAAGAUAGGCUGUAGGAGUGCUGCUUAUGGAUGGACUAUCUUCUUUCGCCUUAUGAUGCAAGUAUGUAUGCGUAAAUACCUUUUGAAAUUCCAAAUUUGAAAUUCACUGAGUUAAACAUUUUUCUAUGUAGUGUGCUGAAUUACUGUUGUACUGGAUAAUA